GAGUUUCUGGGUGCUCGUAGGCGGGCACCGCGCACGCAAUUGGCCGAGCACCCCCAGCCGGCACCGUCUCGUUUCUACAUUUUUAUGCUAACGAGAUGAUUUCUGCUCUCGCUAUUGGCUAACGGUGGUGGUGGUGGUGGGAGUGGAAGCCGUAGGGUACCCCCACCCACCUACCCACCCACCCAUCCCCCUAUGAGGUCCGCAUAGCUCGCGUCAGGCUGCAUAUAAAACGCCGGCGAGGCUGUCUGCUGCUCGCUCUACACCCGCGGUGGCGUUUCGUGUCGCGCGGUUUUUUUUUUACGUUUUCCGCGUUACAUUUAAAAAAGAAAGCCAAACGCGCUUUUUACCCAACCCCGCAGCAACGUUUUAUCUUUUUUGUUGUUGCUGCUGCUGCUGGUGGUGGUGGUUGCAGGAGCUCUCCGUUUCAACACCUUCUUCCCUGGACGAUAUAUAACAGAGAGGGAGAAUUGCCAGACACCCCAAAGGUUGACUCGCUUAAACAAGGUGGCUGGCGGUGGCGGUGGGGGGGGGGGUUUGCUUUGAUUUUGUGUUACUGCUACCGACUACUACUACUGACGCACGUCCCCGUGGGGGGUUUCUUCGCGGUGAUGCUCCGUCGUCAGUAAGCCGCCGCUGGUCUCGAGUCCGCUUGGUCCAGAUGAAGAAGCGUGCGUCGGCGUGAGCGAGCCAGCGAGUGGACUUGCACGCGUGUUGAUCGCACUUCAAAGGAGCCAUUGACUUUUCCUGAGAGGGGGAGACGAGGAGGAGGAAGAAGAGACGCAAAAGGCUGCGACUCGCGCUCUUCCAAGAGCCACGGACGGAGCUUGCCAGCUGAUUUUUAUUUGUCCGGGAACAUCACAACUGCAGCACGCGUACAACUUAACUCUGCGUACAGAGAGGGGGGGGAGAAGGGGGUUUAGUUAUUCGAAGUUUUUUUUUAAUACUAUUUAUUUAUUAAUAACUAUUACUACCACGCGCGCACCAACUAUUCCGACUUUUUUUAUGAGUGGACUUUUUCAGCACCUCAAUGCGCCUCGAGGUACAGAUGGCUGCCGACCUGCAGCCCAUCCACAGCGAUCUGCCCACGAGUCCCCUCGCGAUGGAAUACGUUAACGACUUCGACCUGCUCAAGUUCGAGGUGAAGAAAGAGCCACUGGAAGCAGUCAACGGUAGCGUCGUACGGCCCUGCAGUAGGGUAGCCGGAUCCCUCUCCUCGACCCCCAUGAGUACCCCGUGCAGUUCUGUGCCCUCGUCGCCCAGCUUCAGCGCCCCCAGCCCCAGCGACCCCAAGACGCACCUGGAGGAGCUCUACUGGAUGAGCAGCUACCAGCAGCUGAACCCCGAGGCGCUGCACCUGUCGCCCGAAGACGCCGUCGAGGCGCUCAUAGGCAGCAGCGGCGCGCAUGCCCCGCACCUCCAGCCGGCUUACGACGGUGGGUACCGGCCGACGCAGCAGCAGCAGCAGCAGCAGCCGGGUCAGCCUGGCCAGCAGCAGCAGCAGCAGCCGCCGCCGCAUCUCAUGGUCAUGGGGCCACACCACGAAGACAUGACGCCCGCUGGCUGUCAGCAACAGCAGCCGAUGCCCCCCGGCGCUCAUCACCCGCACGGGCACCCGCAGCAUCACGGGCAUCCCGCGCACCCCGUCCACGCGCACGUGGCGCAGCAGGGCAUGGAGCACGAGAGCGUGCAGCAGCAGCACCACCAACACCAGCAGCAGCAGCACCACGAGCAGCAGCAGCACGAUCAGCACGAUCAGCACGACGAGGAGCUGGAGCAGCACGAGCAGCAUCACCAUCACAACAACCACCACCACCAUCACCACCACCACCACGCGCUGCACGGUUCGUCGCACGUGGACGACCGCUUCUCCGACGACCAGCUGGUGUCCAUGUCGGUGCGCGAGCUCAACCGGCAACUGCGCGGCUUCAGCAAGGACGAGGUGGUACGCCUCAAGCAGAAGCGGCGCACGCUCAAGAACCGCGGCUACGCGCAGUCGUGCCGCUACAAGCGCGUGCAGCAGAAGCACGUGCUCGAGUCGGAGAAGGUGGACCUCAUGCGCCAGGUGGACCACCUCAAGCAGGAGAUCGUGCGCGUGGGCCGCGAGCGCGACGCCUACAAGGAGAAGUACGAGAAGCUGGCCGGAGGACGGAUGGCGGCCGCCGUGCAGCAUGCGGCCGCGGCGGCGGCGGCUGCGGCUGCAGCAGCCGGGCAGCAGCAGCAGCAGCACGCCACAGCGUUCCGCGCCAAGGCGGUGAGCGACGAGGCACGAUCUCCAGAUUUCCUCAUGUGAUGCGGAGAUGUCCGUCGUGUUUCCUCCACGCGCGGGUCCGUCGGUUCGUUCGGCCGCUGCCCGGCUGUAGCCCCGCCAGCGUCACCGACUCAUCCUGCCCGCGACUCGCGCUGCCGACUGCUGCUGCUGCUGCUACUGCC